AUGCUCUGCCUUUUGCUCUUCUGUGUAGCUCUGUUUCUGAGGCCGCCGGCAUCAGCCUCGUGGGAUAGCUAUUCGCCGCCGGAGUGCCCGUACCCUUGCUUGCCGCCGCCCACCUCGGUGAGCAUCUGCCCUCCGCCGCCGCCUCCGGCGGCCAGCUAUCCGCCUCCAUCACCGCCGGUUGCUGGCGGUGCUACUCCGGGAUACUAUUAUCCUCCUCACAAUUACUUUCCGGCGCCGCCGCCGCCGAAUCCUGUAUUGCCGUGGUUCCCGUGGUACUACACGUCUCCUCCCUCGGCCUCGGCGGCUUCUUUUGUCGAGCAGGAUGCCGGCGUUCUCAUUGCCUCUUUAGUAAUGUUCGCGUUGUGUUUGAUUUUGUUCUAA